AUGAAUCACGAUCCAUAUUAUUGGGGACGUCCAUCAGACGAAGUUUAUGGUCAAUAUAAUUACAACAUAGCCAAUGCCAAAAAUGUGGAACAACAUAACCAAAAUAAUUCCAAUUUUCCAAAAAUGAAUACUCAACAACCGAUUAUAACAGGUACAUCAGUUAUAUCAUCAAAAUUUAAAAAUGGUAUUAUAAUUGCUGCUGAUAAUGUUGGUUCAUAUGGAUCAUUAAUGCGUUUUAAUAAUAUAGAAAGAUUAAUUAAAGUUGGUUCACAAACUAUUGUUGGUAUAAGUGGUGAUAUUUCAGAUUUACAAUAUAUUCAAAGAAUUUUAGAUGAAUUAGAAAUUCAACAAGAAGUUUAUGAUAAUGAUGGAGGCGAUUUUUUAAUUGCUCCAAAUGUACAUGAAUAUUUAUCAAGAGUAAUGUAUAAUAGAAGAUCAAACAUGAAUCCAUUAUGGAAUUCAAUAAUUGUUGCUGGGUUUGAUUCUGAAAAAAAACCGUUUUUAAGAUAUGUUGAUUUAUUAGGAGUUACAUACCAUGCAUCUACAAUUGCAACUGGAUUUGGAUCACAUUUAGCAAUUCCAUUAUUGAGAAACUUAAUACCUGAAAAUAAAGAUUAUAUAAAUGUAAAUGAAGAACAAGCAAAAAAAGUAAUUGAAGAUUCAAUGAGAGUUUUGUUUUAUAGAGAUGCUAGAUCUGGUGAAGUUUAUUCAUAUGCCGUUAUAAGAUUAAAUGAAGAAACUGGUAAAAUUGAAUUUGAAUUUAAUAAGAAAACUAAAGUUGAAGAUCAAAAAUGGAGAUUUGCAAAAGAUAUAAGAGGUUAUGGAUCAACUCAACACUAA